AUGGACUCGCCUUCGCCACUGGAGACUUGUUUGUUGCAGGAGUAUUCGCGGUUGCUGCAGAAUCUCAACAAACUGUCGCUUACGCUUCAUACACUUGCACAUACGCCUAUGGCACAUGUUCUCGACGCGUUGGGUGUUCUUGAGCGCAAAACCGGGCUUGUUUUUACCCUGUUUAAGGCUUCUGUUUGGGCAAUUCUUGCAAACGCCGAACAAGCAUAUACAUUUGGUACGACCGCUGAACAGUGA